CACCCUCCACAACCCACCCAAGGGCUUAUGAAGGGAGACAAGUGUGAGGAGCCGGGGCCGAGCCCCAAGCCUGAGGCCCCCCAGCAGCCCACGGAGGAGGAGGAAGCCCUGAUCGAGUUCCACCGCUCCUAUCGAGACCUCUUCCAGUUUUUCUGCAACAACACUACCAUCCACGGUGCCAUCCGCCUGGUGUGCUCCCAGCACAACCGCAUGAAGACGGCCUUCUGGGCUGUGCUCUGGCUCUGCACCUUCGGCAUGAUGUACUGGCAGUUCGGCCUGCUGUUCGAAGAGUACUUUAGCUACCCCGUCAGCCUCAACAUCAACCUCAACUCUGACAAGCUGGUCUUCCCCGCUGUUACCGUCUGCACCCUCAAUCCCUACAGGUACACGCAAAUUAAAGGGGAGCUGGAGGAGCUGGACCGCAUCACAGAACAGACGCUCUUCGACUUGUACAAAUACAACUCCUCCAACAUCCUCCGGGCCCGCCCCCGGGGCCGUCGCGACCUCUGGGAGACCCUGCCGCACCCCCUGCAGCUCCUGCGGGACCCGGUCUCGCCCUCGGUGGCCCGCAAAGCUCGUAGCGCGGCUUCCAGCUUGCGAGACAACAACCCGCAAGUGAACUGGAAGGACUGGAAGAUCGGCUUCAAGCUGUGUAACCAGAACAAAUCCGACUGCUUCUACCAGACAUACUCAUCGGGGGUGGAUGCGGUGAGGGAGUGGUACCGCUUCCACUACAUUAACAUUCUGUCAAGACUGCCAGACACCUUUACAUCCCUGGAGGAGGACAAGCUGGGCAACUUCAUCUUCAGCUGCCGCUUCAACCAGGCCUCCUGCAGCCAGGCGAAUUACUCUCACUUCCACCACCCGAUAUAUGGAAACUGCUACACUUUCAAUGGUGAGAACAACUCCAACCUCUGGAUGUCUUCUAUGCCUGGGGUCAACAAUGGUCUGUCCCUGACUCUGCGCACAGAGCAGAAUGACUUCAUCCCGCUGCUGUCCACUGUGACUGGGGCUAGGGUAACAGUGCACGGGCAGGAUGAGCCUCCCUUUAUGGAUGAUGGUGGCUUUAACUUGCGGCCCGGUGUGGAGACCUCCAUCAGCAUGAGGAAGGAAGCCCUGGACAGACUUGGAGGCAACUAUGGAGACUGUACCAAUAAUGGCAGUGACGUCUCUGUCAAGAACCUUUACCGUUCCAAGUACACACAGCAGGUGUGUAUUCACUCUUGCUUCCAGGAAAGCAUGGUCCGGGAGUGUGGCUGUGCCUACAUCUUCUACCCGCGGCCUGACCAUGUGGAGUACUGUGACUACAGGAAGCAUGAUUCCUGGGGCUACUGCUACUAUAAGCUCCAGGAUGCCUUCUCCUCAGAUCGCCUGGGCUGUUUCACCAAGUGCCGGAAGCCAUGCAGUGUGACCAGUUACAAGCUCUCUGCAGGUUACUCACGAUGGCCCUCAGUGACAUCCCAGGACUGGGUCUUCCGGAUGCUAUCCCUACAGAAUAAUUACACCAUCAAAAACAAAAGAAAUGGAGUUGCCAAACUCAACGUCUUCUUCAAGGAGCUGAACUACAAAACCAAUUCUGAGUCUCCCUCUGUCACGAUGGUCACCCUCCUAUCCAACCUGGGCAGCCAGUGGAGCCUGUGGUUCGGCUCCUCAGUGCUGUCUGUGGUGGAGAUGGCUGAGCUCAUCUUUGACCUCAUGGUCAUUACAUUCCUCAUGCUGCUCCGGAGGUUCAGAAGCCGAUACUGGUCUCCAGGCCGAGGGGGCAGAGGUGCCCAGGAGGUGGCCUCCACUCCAGCUUCCUCCCUCCCUUCCCGCUUUCGCCCCCAGCCCCACUCCCCUACCUCAUCCCUGCCAACCCCUCAUACUUCCUCAACCUUGGCUGCCCCUCCACCAGCCUAUGCCACCCUGGCCCCCUGUCCAGCUCCAUCCAAUUUGGCAGGGGCCAGUGCCUCUGCCUUCACUCUGGAGGAGCCUUGAGAGGAAGCCUGAGAGGGAAAGAGAGUGUCAGCCCCCAAGGCAAGCAGCUUCCCUUGGUGGGUGGGGACAAACCUUGGCAGGAUUAACAAAUGUUUUGAGCUUGCUUUUAGAGCUGCCCCAACUGGCUUUGGUGUGGGGGAGGAAAGCAGGAUGAAUGAGGGGCUACAGAAAUUGCCUGGAGAACAGGGGCCAAGGAAGCUGCCCAGAACUGCCCUUGGCUCCUGCCGGCUACCCUCUGGUCCUGCUUCUAGAACACUCUGGUUUCCUUACCCAAGUGCAGAUCAAUCUCCUUUUCCCUUGGAUCAGCCAAGUCAGACUUGGAGCUUUGACAAGGAACUUUCCUAGGAAACAACUGACGACCAGUACAAAACAUAAACAAGGGCACACAAACGCAUGCCCAGCUUUCCUACCCAAGACUGACUGGAGCCAGCUCUGGACAGGUCUGGCCACACUGCUUCCCAGUGACACAGACAUUUGCUCCUCUUCUUGAACUUGGAUGGGGAACCCCACCCAAAAGCCCCCUUAGUUAGUUCUUGGGCAAUUCCCCUUCCCUGACUCCCCAGAGCAGGCCAAUGUAGUAAAGGCUUGGCGAUUCCCAGUCGGUCCUAGGACCCUUCCAGCCUCAUCUAUGCCACGCCCCCACAAAGCCACAUCCUAGCACCUCUGCCCUGUGUCUUUCAUACCCUCUGCAAGUUGGCUCAAACUAUUUCCUAAAUCUGGAAGCUUUCCCCACCAUCAGCUGGAGAACUCCUAUGCAUCCCUUAGAACCCUACUCAGACACCAUUACUUCUAUGAAGGCUUCUGCCCCAUCUUGCCUUCCCCGGAAUUGAUCACUCCCUUCUCCCCUGGAUACCCAUAGCACACUCUAAUGUCUGCUGGAUUGCCGAUUUUGCAUUUUACUUUCUGGUUCAUUUGUGUCUGCUUCCCCAACUAGACUGUGAGCUCCUUGUGGUCAGGGACUGUUGUUCAUUUAUGUAAGCUCAGGGUCUAGCCCAGUAUCUCACCUGGAGCAAGUAGACAGGCACUCAAUAAAUAUUUGUUGCAUGAAGAAUGUCUGGAGAGUUGGCUGGGGUGCCCUGACAGGGGUAGGGAGUGAGUACCAGUCCCUGGAUCUCUGCUCAA